UGGAAGCACCAGGAGAAGACCUCCUCAGAAGCUGAGCACUGCAUUCGUUUCUCUCCCACCGUCCUCUUUGUCAUUCACCCCGUGCAUCCAGUUGCUGUUCACCGACCUGGGGACACAUUUAGAGCUCCAGUACCCAGGGCCCCGAUAUCCUCUCUGGUGUGCCAGCCUGCAAACAUUAAAGCUGAUGAGGAUUGGCUGAUCAAAUUAAAAAUAAACUCCUUGUUUCUUGUUCCAUCAAGCGGAAAGAAUGUCGGAAAGGGCCGAAGAUGACGUCAGGGGGGAGCAGCGCCGAGCGGCCAGGCAGCAGCUGAAGCAGCAGCAGAUCCAGCGGGGAGAAGGCUCCACAGCAAUGGCGACUGUUGCGGAGCGGAGAUCGCUGCCUAGUCCUGAAAUAAUGCUGGGACAGCCUUGGAGCAGCUGGGUCGACGCCGCCAAACUCCACGGACACGACGGUGCUGAAUCGGAGGAAAGUUUCAAAGACUUAGGGAAAAAUCGAGAAGCCAUGCGUUUGUGCAGAGAAGACAUGCCCAUAUUUGGUCAGUGUCCCGCACAGGACGACUUCUACCUGGUGAUGUGCAGCCACUGCGGUCAUGUGGUCAAGCCACAAGCCUUCCAAGCACACUACGAGAGAAGGCACAGUUCCAACAGCAAGCCGGUCUCCACGUCGCCCUUCCCGGUGUCGGGCAGAAACCGAAGUGCCGGCAGCGGACUGAGCUCGGGCUCUGUGGCCGGAGUUCCAAGCGGAGGGAUCCCCGGCCGAACAUCCACCGCCCUCUCCAGCGUGUCGUCGUCUUCGUUGUCAUCCUCCUCCAAUCCCAAAUUUCCGAAAUCAGCCAAAGACAAGCUGCAAACCAUUCAGCGAAGACCUCCCCACGCCACGUGCAGGACGGGCCCAUCUGACAAAAUCCCAGCUGUGAAGGUGGAGAAGAUGCACCUGAAGGUGGAGUCGUCAGCGAAGCCGCUGCAGGCUUCCUCCGCCCCCGCCACUUCCUCUUCCUCCUCCUCUACGCCCUCUUCUAACACCACUGUGAGCACUGCCGCCAUCACGGCUCCCACGUCGUUGUCGUCCUCAUCAUUGCCGUCAUCAUCAUCAUCAGCCCUUAAACCAGGCCUUAACUGUCCCCUCAUACAAAAGCCUCCAUUGCUGGUAUCUGGUCCCAUUCCCAACGGCAAGGGCCUCCCUGCAGACAAGAAGCAAGACAGCAGCACCAGUAGCAAACGCCACGUUAACAAGAAGGUCUCAGAGCGUGAGUUCAAUCCUGAUAUUCACUGUGGCGUAAUGGAUGCUACAGGUCGGAAACCCUGCACAAGAUCACUAACAUGCAAGACACAUUCCUUAGGCCAUCGGAGGGCCGUGCCUGGACGAAGGAAGCGCUUUGACAUUUUGCUGGCAGAACACAAGAACAGAACGAGAGAGCGGGACAGGGAACGAGAACUGCACCAAAACCAUUCCCAGCAAACUGCCCCCCUCAGGGACCCACACCCCUCUCCCCAGCUCGCACCUAGCCAUGAUACCCACCUGGUUUCUCAUGGCAACGGACCAGCCCCUGAUACCACAAAGCCUUUGUCACUCGGAAAGCCCAAAUUUCACAGUCCUGGUCUUCCUCGACUGAACAACAGUCACGCUGGAGGUUCCUCUGGGGAUCCUUCAGUAGUCCACGAGUCCCUGCACCAUCCCCAGCCUACCCCAGACGUUUUAUCCAGACCCUCAAGUGACGAGGGAGAGAACGAGGAGCGGGAAGAUGGCACGGACAAACUGGACUUUCUCUAUUCAGGUUACCACCCUCGACCGGCAGCUUACUGUACCUUUGGAAGUCGACUGAUGGGGAGAGGCUUUUACUCCUUUGAUAGGCGGUGGGACAGAGUGCGAUGCGCCCUGACCACCAUGAUGGAAAAGCAUGUUAACUCUCAGAUGUGGAAGAAAAUUCCCCUGGCCUUGGAGAAUUCCUCUCUUGCAUCCCUCCACAAGACAAGCACAAAUUCCCACGGUAGCACUCCCUCGUCAGGCUUCCUGAGCCCCCCGGCGACCUUGCCCCAAAGCCCCUACAGCCAAUCUGUGGAGAGCAGGUCAUCGCUCUCCUACGGGACCACCUUAAACGCUCACAGCUCCCUCCAGGGCGGGACUGAGCACCCGGCCUAUGGCACCACGCAGGCCAGACAAGUGUCUUCGUUGCCGCAGAUGCCUUCAGCCCACUUGUCCUCAUCCUCGUCUUCUUCAGCUGCUUCGCUAGCCUCCAGCCGGGCACUGAAGUCGCGUUCAUCCAGCAGCAGCGCCGCUACCAAAUCAUCUUCCUCAUCCUUCAAGCCCAAGGAGCUCUCCUCUGGCUCCUCCGUGUCUGUCGUACCGAACUCCACCAGCGGGGGCAGCGCUGGAGCGAACAACAGUAGCAGCACUAGCUUCAGCUCGGGAAAGAAGAGGAAGAACAGUUCUCUCCUUUCUUCAUCCCAUUGCUCUUCUGAAUCCUCUUCUUCUUACGCCGGUGCCCCUUCGUCAUCCUCCUCCUCUUCGUCGUUCAAGAAGAACUGUGCAAACGUGGGCAGCUCAGGGAGCACCUACCAUCACGGCUCGUUGGGAGCUUCGUCUUCGCUGUCCUCCUCCCACAGCGGCGUUCACAGCGUGGGGCUGAACUGCGGCCCCAGCAUGCGGACCAACUCGCUCAGCCUCAAGGCGGAGCCUUCGGCGGGCGGCUCGUCGGGGCCGCCGGCGCGGGGCCCGCCCUCGGGCAGCCCCGCCGAGUCCAUAAAGCGAAUGAGCGUGGUGAUGAACAGCAGCGACUCGACGCUCUCUCUGGGGCCGUUUGUCCACCACCAGCCCGCUUCGUCGUCAGACCACCACGCCAACUUCAGCCACCACUCGGCAGACGGUCGCCUGGAGGCCAAGAAGCGGAAAAGCUCCUCCGCUUCCGGCGGCGUCAACAGCGGAGGCGGAGGUCUGGGUAGGGAAGGAGCAGCAGGAGGAACCGGACCGGGCCGGCCCAAAAUGACCAAGUCCCCCGCUCUUAACAACAUCCACGGGAAGCACAGCCGGAGCAUUCCAGGAACGCCAGGUCUGCCCAACAACUCUCAUUUACAUCAGCCAAAAGCUCGUCCCUGACAGCGACUUUCUGCCUCUGCGAUGGAAACAGGCGGACAGAGGAAAGUCCAGACUGGUCUGCAAUCUGUUCUGGACUGCGCGAGGCCUUGUGAAAUAAAAUCCACAUGACUCUCAGCUUCCCACAAUCCUCAGGGUGGAGAUGAUCUGGACUGCCCAGUGAAGUAGACGUGGUCCUUACUAUUUCUCCCAAAGCCAUGUGUGCGUCAGAUGUGUGCGUGUGUAUGUAUGCGUGUGUUUGAAAAGAGGUGGGCAGAGAUACUGAAUGCAAAGAAGAACCCCUUGCCCUCUCUGCUCCUCUGCCCCAUUAAUCCGAGAGGUCUUCCCAGCUGUUUUGGAGAUAGAGGGAACACAACAAGCCGCUCUAUUUCCGUUCGAGUUCAACAGCGAGUGUGUAAACGUGCGAGAGUUUUUUUAAAAUUUUUUUAAAUUUUUUUUUAUAUUACUCCUCCGCCCCCCCAAAUGUUAAAUUCUGCUGGAGUCCCCAGCUUUAUUCCACCCCCAUCGCCUGAUCUCAGAAGCCUUGCAAGGACAGCCGGAGGAGACUCAAAGUUUCUAAUCGCAACACCUUAAAUCACAACAUAUCUACUUUUUUAAAUGUCCGUUACAGUCCGUAACCGAGGGUCACACGCAGUCGCCCCCUAGCGGAUAAUCUGGUCAACUCUUCUAAUCAUCCAGGAUAAUUAUGCAAGUGUUACCUUUUUUUCCUGAUUUCUAAUGAGCUUUGUUUUUUUAACACUGGACUACAAAGGGUCUUUGUAGACUUGGUGAAGACGGUUGUGCUUUUAAAUGUAAAAAAAAGGACACCUGAUGUGCCCAUUGGAUCGGUUCUUUUGUCAGCGAGAAAAGCCUGACGUCUCAGUUUCCUGAAUCUAUACAUUGUACAAAAAAAAAAAAAAAAACCCUACAGCAACAGUAGACCUACCCUCCCACCCCCGAACUGUGAAGCGCACUAAAUAAUUGUGCUUAGCUGUCCACAGAGUUCGCCAAAAAACUGCCACAGCUUUGCCAACUACUUUCUAUUAUAAGAGGAGGAGGGUGGGGGUGCAGGGUGGGAGAUCGUUAAAGCCACAACUUCCCUACUUUAUCCCCACAAAGCGGUGUAAAAUUCUCAGCUAUGUGUGGACAGAUGUGAAUUGUAAUGUUUUCCAUAUGGAAUCAGGUAAAUGGUACGUCUUAACUGGAACAAACUUGCACGUCUACUCGUCUUCUGUGGGGUGUAAUUGUCCCUCCCAGUGAGUAACCACUACCAAAUCUCUGGUUGUUCCUUUCCCGACGCCUCACGGUCAUAAAGGGGGAGGGGGGCGUGGUUGUUGGCUAUGGCGUGCCAAAACUGCAGAAAUGUUCUAAACAAAAAUUUAAACGUUAUUUAUCCACGAAACAAAUUGAAAGAAAAGAAAAAAAUAUCCCGACUUAUUACGUCAAUCUUUUGCGCGAUAUAUGGUUAUAGAAUACCAUGUGAAUUCAUUAAAAAAUGAAAUUGAAACUUUUUAAUAUCUCAUAAUUAUUUCAGUAUUCAGUUAUUUCAUGGCUUUUUUUUUUUUGCUGCAGUACAUCAUGAAAUUAUUCAAAAUGCCUGUGACUCAAAAAGUUCAUGAUGUGUUGCAGCAACCAACCAUGAACUAAUUGUUCAAAUAAAGGUUUGUUCUUAAUAAUCAAAAAGAAUAUCCUGUAGUUUAUUAUGAAUUUAAUAAACGUUUUAUGCAUUUGUUUACAACUAGAAAAAUUUUAAUUAGGCACUUUUGGAUCUCCAUAGAACCCUAGCAUAAUACUAACACAGGUGGAUCUCAAUAAAACAUGUUCGAAAAUGGCUUUCAGUUACUUGAUUGAAAAAGCGGAACGGUUUAUUUCUGUUCAGGUUGAAGAUCGAGGCUUGCAGCCAAUAGAAACCUAAUGUCAAGUUUCUCGGACAAUAAGAAUAUAACCGAUAAUUUUUAAAAAAAGGGGGCAUGUUUUUGUUCUUAGAAAUGUUGCCUAUGGAAAAAGUACAGCACAGGCGGAUCAGCCUGCAGCCUCCAGCUUAUCUGCAUUCUUGCUUCUGGUGUCUCUCAUCUUCCUCUUGCUUGCACCCGUUGGUACUUGAGGCAGUGUGUGAAUUGCUCUAAAACGUUCAGAUUUUUGGACUUGAUAAAGCCGAGUGGACCAACACCAGCAGUUCAUGGGACUCCCCCAAAGCAACACUUAACACUUGAGCUCAAUUAACUUGGACGCCACUUUUCCACUGCAACUUGAUUUUCUUUCAUUUUAAACGUCGGACUUUGGACCAGUUUUUGUCCGUAUGCCCUUGUCCGGGUAUCCUACAAUUCCUUUUUUAUUUUUUAGGAGUAUCUCACCACAGGGAAUUUCACCAGUUGUUGUCGUCCUGGAUUACGUCUGUGUCUGUCUUGAACUCCUGCUGCAGUCCAAGCUUAGUGAAUCGCUCUUGAAUGGACUUUGCAGUUAUUUUUUUUUUUUGCUUGAGUACACUUUGUCCUUCCACUUUGUUUUCUUUAGCAAAGCCCUUUUCCUGGCUUGUGCAAGGUGUUAGAGACUGUCUGCUGGACAACUGUAAGAAAGUCUUCCCCACAAUAGUGCUUUAAAAAAAAAAUCCCUCAUGUAAUAAUUCAUAAUUUAUAUGAGAAACAGUUUAUCAGCUGAGAGAAAUAAAUCAUUGAACUUAGCAGAACACUUGAAAUGGAUCCCUUUAAGUUUGAGCUUCAAUGUUUGAAUUGAAUUCUGGAUUUUCUAAUUUGACAUGCAGUCGAACUUUGAUAUUUCUCAAAAAAACCAAAACAGGCAAUACUCACUCGUUUGUUUUUGAACAAUGGUUUCAGGUGAGUUUUUCUGGUGCAAGAUUCAUGAAGAUGGCGUCACGAGAAAACGAGCUUUUUAGCAACUCCCAUUGAUUUCUAAAUACAAAAAAAAAAAAUAAACGAUAUAAAAAUCCUUCACUGAUGUCAAAGCUGAAAAGGUUUUUUUUUUUUGUCGUUUUCUAAGAAAUACUCUUUAAUUCACCAUGUUUUCUUGUAGCCUAUGUAUCAAGUGUCCCUCUUUGAGAAUACAUAUUUUGUUAAUAAAUUGUACAUAGUAAAGUAUGUAUUUUUGCACGGGCAUUUUUCCUACACGCUGAAUUUUUUGGUACAAUUUUAAAGAGUAUUUAUUUAUUAAGAAAAAAAAAAGAAAAAAGAGAGAUCUUGUGGACAAGACUAUUUGAAGUGGUUCACUGCCAAGUCUAUACGAUGCAAUACAUCCCAUUUGUCGAAGCAUCUCAUGAAUCGUGUUACUCGACCUAUAAAGGAGGGACAGGGAGACGUCGCCGCUGUAGCAUGUGUCUGUAUGAGAGAUACCUUUAUUAAUGUACCAAGGUCUGAAUCACACGUGCUUUUUACCAGACGGUUUUAUGUUGCCUACUAAUCUGACUCUGUGUGACCCCUGUUGGUCUGAAAUGUCACGGCCUGAAGCUGUGCCCGUUUAGAAAAAAUAAUAAUAAAAAAAAUGCUUUAGGGACUUUUUAAGUCGUCCGCUGUGUAGACUUGAACACAUUUCAUGAUUGGAGGGUGGUGGUGGUGACGGGUGCUAUAGGGACAUGGCAAUCUUUGCGAGAAAGAAGAGCAAUUGAAAAGUUGUCUGCUUCCUCGUUGCCGGUUUUAAAUUGCAGCUUUUCCAGGAUGAGUUCAGCAGCAGUGCGAAAGAAAUAUCAAAUCAAGAAAGUGCCUGAAUUAGUUUCUCUCCCUGACUCUUUGAGGACAGUAUUCGUCGGGUGGCUUUACCCUACUUGAAUGUUCAAAGUAUUGGAGUUUGGUUUAAAUAUCAGCCUGUGAGCCCUUAAAGAAAAAAAA